AUGGGCUCGCAUGCAGAUGAGGCCCUGCAGCAGCAGGCUGAGGACGCUGAGCUGGAGCUGCUGCGGGAGCAGCAAGAUCUGCUGCGGCGGAUUCUGCAGCAGCAGCAGCAGCAGCAGGAAGCGCAGCUGCAGCAGCAACAGCAGCAGCAGGGAGACCAGCAGCAGCAGCUGGACCCAAAGCAGCAGCAGCAGCAAAUCGUCUCCUCAGCAGGCGCCCUCCAUAACAAAGUCGCUGCUGCUGCUGCUGCAGCUGCGGUCUGGUUCCCCGCUGUCGCUGCUGGACUGCGGCACCAAGGCCAAGCCUCUGGCAGUCUCAUGGGCUUUAACAGCAGCAGCAGCGGGAUACGGCAAAAGAAGGUCUGCCCCACUUUUGAGUUUCUGGGCUCUCUCUUCUUCAGCGCCCAUGGAGACCGCACGGUGCGGCUGUGGCGGCUGCAGCAGCAGCAAAUCGAGCUGCAGCAAGUCAACGGGCAGCAGCAGCAGCAGCAGCAGCAGCAGCAGCAGCAGCGUAUAUCUGGGCAGAUGCCCCGUGCUGCUGCAGUCUCUUCGCACCGGCAGCACGUGGGGGACCCCGAGGCCUUGGCAGCUUGCUGCGGGUGUCUGCAGCCUGCCUGCUGCUCCCCAGCAGCAGCAGCAGCAGCAGCAGCAGCAGCAGCAGCAGCAGAGAGCCGCCUGUGGCUGCUGUGCGUCAGUGGAGACGCAAAAGGCAAAAUUGUCAUUUGGAAGCAAGAGGGGCCCCCCUCCUCCUUUAGGGGCCCCCAGGGGGCCCCCAAGCCGCAUGCAGAAGCAGCAGCAAUGCAGCCGCUGCAGGAGAAGAUAGUGGAGUUGGCGCUGCUGUGGGCCAGAGGCAGCUGCUGCAGCAGCAGCGGCAGCUGCUGCGCUGCCCGCCCGCCCUGGCUCUGUCGCGCGGCCUACCCUGCUGCUGCUCCCGCUGCUGCUGCUGCUGCUGCUGCUGCUGCUCCCAGCAGCAGAGACGCUGUAGGCAGCUGCGCAGAGACAACGCAGCACGAGGCCACAGACGAUGAGCCGGAACCAGGGGAGAUACGAAGCGCUUCUAGCAGCAGCAGCAGCAGCAGCAGCAGCAGCAGCAGCAGCAGCAGCGGAUACAGCAGCUGCAGCCUUCUUGCUGCUGUGGGCUACGAAGGAGGGGCGCUGCUGCUGAUAGAUGUGCAGCAGCACCAAGUGCUGCGCAGCUUAGGAAGACACGUAGACCGGGUGACUAGCUUGUGCUUCAUACGCCCCUGUCUGCAGCAGCAGCAGCAGCAGCAGCAGCAGCAGCAGCAGCAGCAGCAGCAGCAGCAGCAGGCGGUGGCUUUGGGCCAGCAAGCGGGAGCUGCCGCAGCAGCAGCAGCGCAGGAGUGGCUGCUGGCCUCGGCCUCGCGGGGCCAGGAGCUGCUGCUGUGGAGAGUGUGUCCUGCAGCAGCUGCUGCAGUGCUGCUGCAGAUGCGGCUGGCUGCUGCGGAGGCGCCUGCAGCAGGCAGCGGCAAGGGCAGCAGCAAGCAGCAGCAGCAGCAGCAGCGGCUGCAGCAAAACAACAGCAGACUCUGGCUCUCGCUGGCGUGGCAUCCAGCAGCUCCUAAUUGUCUUCUCUUAGGGUCACUUUCAGGUGACCUCAUGUCUUUGGAUCUGUCGCAGGCCCUAGCGGAGGCGCAGCAGCAGCAGCAGCAGCAGCAGCUGCUGCUGCUGCCGCAGCCCAAGGCCAACAAGAAGAAGCGCCAGCAGCAGCAGCGCGGCCCCCACCACCAACACCUCACGCGCCUGCUGCAGCCACACUCGCGCCCGGUGUUCUCGAUUUGCUGCUUCGCUGCUGCAGUAGCAGCAGCAGCAGCAAACCCUGCGCGCUCCCCGGAAGCGCCAGAAGCAGCAGCAGCAGCAGCAGCAGCAGCAGCAGCAGCAGCAGAUCCUGUUGCUGCUGCUCCCCACCUCCUCAUCCUUACAACCAGCUUGGACCGCCACCUUGUCUUGUCUGCUCUGCCCCUGUCUGCCGAUGCUGCUGCUGCGCGAGGCCGGGCGGACACAGCUGCUGCUGCGGCUGCAGCAAACGAGGCCCCUGCAGAAGAUGCAGCAGCAGCAGCAGCAGCAACUGCCGCAGAUGGAGAGCCUGCUGCUGCAGUCCCCAGCAGCAGCCCUGCUGCAGCGAAGUCCGACUUGCCUCCUGCAGCAGCACCUUCAGCGGAAGCGUCUUCCCCCGAGCCGGAGUCAGCAGCAGCAGCAGCAGCAGCAGCAGCUGCUGCUGCUGCUGCUGCUGCAAACGCCCCACAGAAGGCAAGCCUAAUGUGGCGGCUGGGCUGCCUGGGCGGCUGGGUCCAGUCCUUGUCUUCUUCUCUUGUUUAUCCUUCUCGUGUUUCUGUUGCUUGUGGAGAUGCAACAAUUCGUGCUGCUGAUAUAUCUUCUGCGGGGGGUGCGCAGCUGCAGCAGCUGCUGCAGCAGCAGCCGCUGCUGCCCAUGGUGGAGCCCGAGGUUUACUUGCUGCCGCCAGCGGUUGCUGCUGCUUCGGCCGCUGCGCAGCAGCAGCAGCUGCAGCCAGCGCUGCCAUUCCCAGCUGCCCUGCCCCCCCUGCCGCCCCAAAACGAACAGCAGCAGCAGCAGCAGCAGCAGCAGCAGCAGCAGCAGCAGAAGCCGCUGCAGCGGCCGGCUGCCCUGCCCCCCCUGCCGCCCCAAAACGAACAGCAGCAGCAGCAGCAGCAGCAGCAGCAGCAGCAGCAGCAGAAGCCGCUGCAGCGGCCCCCUCUUGAGGUUCUCAGCUGCUGCAAGCCCUUUUCUUCUGCUUUGUACUGGAGAGAUCUGCAAGCAGCAGUAACUGCGGUGUCUGUACACCCGCGCUGGCUGGGCCUUGUGGCCUUCGGGCUGGGCGAUGGCCAUUUCGGUUUGCUGCAGCAGGAAACUUCUGAGGGCUGGCAGCAGCAGCAGCAGCAGCGCGCUGUCACUCUCCUCUCCACCAGACAGGCCCUAGUUGCUCCCACUACUGAGCUUUGUUGGCUGCGGCUGCCGCACUGCUGCGGCGCCUGCUGCUCUGCCAGCAGCAGCAGCAGCAGCAGCAGCAGCAGCAGCAGCAGCAGCGAAGGACCUGCGGCAGCCGGCCCAACAGGCGAGGAAAAGGAUGUAGACACAGCAGCGGCUUGUGCUGCUGCUGCAGAAGGUGCAGAGGCGCGGCAGGAGGGGACUCCUCGUCAGGCAGAAAUGCAGCAGCAGCAGAAGCAGCAGCAGCAGCAGCAGCAACAGCGGCAGCAGCAGCCCGCAUGGCUGCUCGUCGCGGGAACAGCAACAGGGCAGAUACUUGUUUCUCAGCCCUGCAUACCAGCAGCCCAGCCAGCGCAGCCGCAGCAGCAGCAGCAGCAGCAGCAGUGGCGGCGUCAGGAGCAGCAGCAACAGCAGCUGCAGCAGCAGCACGAAGAGCAGCAGUGCUGCAGCCCCGUGGUUGUGGUCUUUGCGGAAAGCGACGCCCCAGCAGAGGCAGCAGCAGAAGCAGCUGCUGCUGCUGCAGAGCCUCGCGUGCGAAUGGAGCAGCUUUCAGGGCUGCUGCCGUUUGCUGUGUCUGUGCCCAGAGGCCUUCCCGCUGCAGCAACAGCAGCACUGCAGCAGCAUGUCGCUGCAGCAGCAAAGGCGCUCGGCUACAGCCCCGAGGCUGCUGCGUCCUGUGCUGCUGCUUCCAGCGCAGCCCAGGCCCAGCUGCUGUGUGUCUUCGACAGCAAACUGCAGCAGCGCCAGCAGCAGCAGCAGCAGCAGCAGCACCCGCAAGGCAAACAGCCGCAGGUUCACUUACACGUCAUGGCAGCAGUGGUGCCCCCGCACAGGACCAGCAGCAGCGACCCCAGCCCCAGCAGCACAAGCAGCAGCAGCAGCAGCAGCAGCAGCAGCGGGGCGGCGGCCCCGGUGGCUUUCGUUUCCCUGGGACGGCUCCCUCUGUCUCUCAGCAGCAGACCAACAGCAGCAGCAGUUUGGGAGGGCGAGAGCAGCAGCGGUGCUGCUUGCUGCAGCCCAGACGCGGCUGCAGCCAUUCAGGAUGGUGCAGCAGCAGCAGCAGCAGCAACACGCCCUGCGUGUGAGUUCUCUGCAACAGAAGCGCUGCUGGCCGUAGGGGACGCUGAGGGAGGCCUUUGGCUUGCUGCCUGGCGGGAGUUGCUGCUGCUGCUGCUGCUGCAGCAGAGUGCGCAGCGCUCAAUAGCCGAGACCCGGGCUUUGUUGGACAUCUGCUGCUGCAGCCACAGCAGCAUCGCGGCGCACGCAGCAGCAGCAGCUGCUGCAGCAACGCCUGCGAGCAACGGCGCCGGGGGAAACGCCGCCGCUCAGCAGCAGCAGCAGCAAAAGAGCAGCAGCAGCAGCAGCAGCUGGGCACUCACCAGCCUGGCCUGGGCCCUGCGGUGGACCCGAGACCCCAAGGGGCAGCUAAGCUGCCCCCAGUUCCUUCUGGGGGCCACCUGUGCUGGAGGUGCUGCUGUUGUGGUUUCAGUGGCUUCUGCUGCUGCGCCGGGGGCGCAGCAGGAAGAUGCUGCAGCACAGCAGCAGCAGCAGCAGCAGCAGCAGCAGCAGGGGAGGCCGGGGGCAGGAGCAGCGCUGCAGCACCUGCGGCGCAUCAAACCUGCAGCAACGCCGCUGGCCUGCCUCCGCAGCUGCUCGGGGGCCUCUGUGGAGCAGCAGCAAAGCGGGGGCCAGCUGCUGCGCUGCUGCUGGGUGGAGCAGCUGGUGCCUUACGCGGUGCUGCUGCUGAUAGGGGGAGUCGAGCAAUGCGUCUUUCUGUGGGACCCUCUUCGCCUGCCUCUGUACCCUCCUCCUAGCAAGAAGCCCUCUGCAGCAGCAGCAGCAGCAGCAGCAGCAGCACCGAAGGCGGGGCACGCCAAAGCAGCAGCACAGCAGCAGCAGGAGACUGGGACAGCCCCUGCCAGCCAGGCUGCAGGUGCUACCGCCAGUGGCGACCUGCGCGAGGGGACCCCCGCAGCAGCAGCAACAGCAGCAGCAGCAGCAGCAGCAGCAGCAGCAGCAACGGAAGCAGCUCCUAGCAUAGCCGCCUCAAACACGCCGUCCUCUCCCGCAGCUAAGAGCAGUGCAGUAUGUGGGACAGAAGCGUCUGUUAAAUUGGAAGCAGCUGCAGCAGCAACUGUUAACUUCAGUGAACCUGCUGCUGCUGCUGGGGCGGCUGCUGCUGCAGCAGAGGGAGCCUGCUGCGGUUGCGUCAAUUCAUCCCAAGGGCUGCAGCAGCUGCAGCAGCACUGCAGCAGCCUGAGGGUUGAGAGCUUUAGUAAAGCUGCAGUGGAGGCAGCAACUAUGUACGUAGACGGCCAGUUGCUGCAUGAGCAUCCAGAGCAGCAGCUGCAGCAGCUGCAGCAGGAGCAGCAGCAGGAGCAGCAGAGCGCGUUGUUGCUGCUGUUCUUGCUGGGCGACAACAGCGAAGCCGCGCGGGCUGCUGCUGCAGCAGCUCUUCCUUGCCUCCUCGGCGGCUCAAAGAAGGAAAGCCCCUCUGGCUUUGCUGCUCGCCUCGCGGCCCUGUGGCUGUGGGGGCCCCACGCGGCCCUUGAGCUGCACGGGGAGCUGCCGUGGCAGCAGCAGGAGGUGCAGCAGGAACUUGCAGCUGGAAAGAACCUUGACGGCAGCAGCAGCAGCAGCAGCAGCAGCAGCAGCAGUUGCUGCUGCUGCUCUUGGUUCUGGCUUGCUGUUGCUGCAGCAAUGGGCCUCCACCCCGCAGCGCGGGCUUCGCUAGCUGGCAGCUUCCUUUCUUCAAACAGGUCGUGCAGCUCUCCUCAUAUGCGAGCUGCGCUGCUGCUGGUGUGUGGGUUGGCGGCGGAGGCAGUCGAGGUGUACAUACACUCCAAUUUGGCUUCUUUAGCACUUCUUUUGGCUCGCCUGCAUUUGCCGCGGGGCCACCCGCUGCAGCGCGAGGCCCUAGACUCCUGGCUAGCUGAAGCUGCAGAGCAGCAGCAGCAGCAGCAGCAGCAGCAGCAGCAGCAGCAGCAGCAGCAGCAGCGGAUAGGCCGUUUGCUGCGGCUGGCGCUGCAGCUGGAGAGCCGCUCUUUUGUCAAGUAG